CUUGAUUUCACUGAUGAACUGUCCAAAACUGGCUGUGACUGUGUCCUCCGGAGCUGGAUGCUUCAGGACUGCAGCGAAGAGGAGGAAAAACAAAUGUUAGUUUGUGAGAGCUCAUAAAUGUGGUGGAACACCCGUCAGCUUAUUUUAAAUUUUUUUGCAACAGAAAAUUAGAGAACAAGCAGAAAUUUUUACUCUUCACUGCAGAUUGAUGCACUCCUCUGGCAGCCUGAAUUGGCCGGACGGUUUUCUGCAAGUGAAAGACAAAACAUUUGCUUAGUUACACCUCAGACACCUUAAGAACAGUCUAUUUUUGUCUUUUUUUAUUUCUAACAUUUAAAGUCUUAAAGAAACCGAGACCACUGCUGUUUUUUUUCUUUGACUGUAUGUGUCUCAGAGUGGACUUCACUCAGGUUGUAACUGUAAUGAACAACAAUCAGGACCUGUUCCUUCUCAAAGAGCUGCUGUCUCAGAGCUGUAACAAGUGUGGCUUAACAAGAACUCCUUAAAAUAUCGACUUUACCAUUAACUCUCACUAAAAAGACUUAAAAUAAUAUCAUGGCUAAACAUGAAAAAAUGUAGUCAUUUAGUAGAUUCAUGAUCUCAACUAGAAGGUAAAGUUUAAUCCUUCUACUUCACAAAUGUAGAAACAGCUUAAUUCUUACCUGUAGCACUGAGAACAUGGCUUCAACUUGCUUCUGUCACAGAGAUUUUCCUUUCUUUUUUCUUCCAGCAGCUUUCUUCCAAAGGAUGCUGAUGCUUCUCUAGUGGUAGGUAAACCUGCCUGCCUUAUAUAGUCCAGGACACACAAUGACCACAAAAAAAAUGGACAGCAGGGCAGGGCAGGUGUAUCUGUGACAAGCAUCCGUCGAAUCAAAAUGCAGAGUUUCCAUGGUAGUCAUUGUCCCCUUUGUCUCAGAAGGCAUGAUCAACUGGGAGGAGGAAGCAAGAGUCAAAACUUUGUGCAAGGUGCAAACAGUGAUGUCACCCUUCUCAGCCUGAAGACUGCGUGGUUGAGUGGGGGAAUUUUCAUGAACUCCUCCUACAGACUUCUGAGUCUUAUUUAAAACAAACUCAGCUGCACAAAUCAACACCUCAUCUGGCUGAGACACAUCACCAGAUAAAGGACAAAAAAUGGCUGCAUCUGAUGGGUUUCCUGCCAGUUUCUAUGGGGAACCAGGAGUUUUAGGCAUGUUGUCAAAUGGGAUCAGUGCAUUCCUUGUACUUCUACAGAACUUCAACACAGCUCACAAUGGCAACGCUCCAGUUGGAGUAGAGAACAUUCUCGCAGGUGUACAUCUCAUCCUGAUUGGCGGUGUAUGCCAGCUGGUGGCUGGGCUGCUCUCCUUCCGUAAAUACGACCAUCUGAGCGGCACCGCCUUCAUUGGCUACUCUGCUCUUUGGGCUAGUUAUGGUGCAACUAGAAUCUACUAUGGUGCCCUGCCUGAAAAUCCAAAUAUGACAUUAAUAAUAGAUCCGAUGAUGAGCAACGUGUCUCUUAAUAACUCCACGCAGUGCUAUUUAUGUUUGUCCAUGAAGGAGUCAGCAAUCGCUGGUCUGGUCCCCUACAUCAUCCUGUCUUUUCUUCUUGCAUUUUGCUCUGCCACGGUCAACUACAUCAUGCCUUUUGUCUUUGGAGCCAUCACAGCCACCUUGAUCUUUGAAGCAGUAGCUUUAGCUGCAUAUUCCUGGGCUCUGAUUGUCUCUGGGGUUCUGGAGUUGCUCAUUUUGAUCUUUGCUAUCUAUGGUUCAGCGGCUCUUCUCAUCAAAGGCCUGACUCAACGUCUAGCCCUGAAAGGUUUUGGUACCCCACUCUUUAAUGUUCUCUUACUAGGGACCCCCAACUCAGGAAAAGCUCAGAAUGGAGGCCAGGAGAAGAAGAAGAACACAAAAUAUGCAGAGCCAAUGGCUUUGGGUUUCUUCUGCGACUCCAUUGCUCCAUUCAUCUUUGCUUUCUACAGCUUUGGGUACAUGAAAUCAUUCGGUCUAGGUGUUGCCUGGGUAUCAAUCAUCUCAGUUGCUCAGUUGUUCUCCAGCUACUACGCCCACCUGCGUCAAGAUUGCUACCACACCACAAAGUUUGGGUUACACGCCACAUAUUGGCUGAUCAAAGCUUGGGAGGAGUUUGUUGUGUCUGUUUUAAUAGUGGAGGACAGUAAAGUUGUCUCUGGAAGGGAUGCAAUGGUAGGAGACUGGUUCUUUGUGGUGGCAGCCUUGGUGCUCUGUGUAGGGAGCCUGAACAUGGACGUCCUGGAAUUGAUCCAUAACUUGUUCUUUGUCCUGGUCACAAUCUCCACAGUCUCUCAGAUCCCCCUGCAGGGUUACUACAUCUUCUUUGGAGUAGCUUGUUCUCUCUUCACUGCAGUCUCAAUCUAUGGCACCUUCACCCGUCUCAUCAACACUAUUGCAGAAAAGUCUCUCAUACCUGUAGGACCACAACCAGUCUCUUCUGAGCAGCUGAUUAGGGCUUUGAGAUGUAGAAGGUCUAAACACGGAGAUCAGGAUGUGCUUCCCCCAGGCGAUCAGACCUCAGAUGCUCUGUUCUAUCUUUCAAAUGGGGUUGCAGCUUUGUCAGCUCUUCAUUCAAGAAGGAUGAGUAUGAACCCUUCUCUCCUGCACCUGACCAUCCCCUGGGUCCUGAUCUCUGGAGCUAUCUUCCAGGCCUACGUCAGCAGGUUGCAAGUCACAGGAGGCGGCCGCUUCGGGUCAGUCAUCUCUUCCAUCUAUGUUGUUGUCUGGGCAACAUGGACAUGGUUUAGAUUUGCAGGUAACCAGCUUCAGCUCUCAACCGAGGCAGAUUAUGGUUUUACUGCAGGAGCCAUUGCCUUCCUUGUCAUCAACGCUUUCCUUAUGCUGAUUGCUGCCUAUAGAAACCUGGUUCUUCUGUUCCUGACAACACUGAUGGAGGUGGUUCUUGUUUGCUUCCUUCUCUCCACCCUGAACAAGCUGCCAUAUGAACUUGAAAUUGCUAUGCUUGCAUUGGUGUCUCUCUUUUGCAUAUAUGGCACUUUGGCGUCACUGAUAAACUUCAUGUUCUCACAAAGAGUGUUGCCAAUGGGCCCUCCUCUCUUUAAGGAAAAAAUGAAGUCAGAAAUAUCUGAGGAGCUUCCCUGUCCGGUGGCAAGCUCUCGCCUCACAAGUGGCCUCUUAAAAAUUGCUCAGCUCCUGGAAGAGGGAGGUGUGUGUGGUAUUCCCACAGACACUGUGUACGCUCUGGCGGCUUCCUGCAAGAAUCCCCAGGCUAUAGAGAAAAUCUACAACAUUAAGGACCGGCCAGCAGAGAAGCCUAUAUGCAUUUGCAUUUCUAGUGUAGAGCAGCUGGUGGCAGCCAAGCCUCCCUUCAGCCCUCUGCUGUGGGAGUUCAUGAGGAACGUUUAUCCAGGAGGCAUCAGCUGCAUUGUCAGCAAAGGAGACUGGCUACUCAAGCUAGGAGUUGGAGCAGCUUACGACCGCGUUGGCACCAGGGACAGCAUCAUGAUCCGUGUUCCUGACCACACGGUGACGUGCCACUUGUGUGACAUGACUGGACCCCUCGCUAUUACAUCUGCCAAUCCCAGUGGAGAACCAGACAGCACCCACCACAGUAUGGUCAUCAAUCGACUGGGGCACAAGAUACAAGGGGUCCUCUGUGACGGGGACUCCAAUGAAGUUGUUGCUUCAACUGUGGUCAACUGUCUGAGGAUUGAUGAAGGUUUCAUCACCAUUGUAAGAGAAGGCUGUGUCCCUGCGGUUAAAGUUCAUCAGAUCUUCGAGAGGCUGAAAAACACCAUGUUGUGAGCGUCUCCUUCCAGAGGACUUCUUCGUAGCUGCAUGCGUCGGUCAGCACCAGAGCAAAUAUUUAAUACCACAGCUUUGUUUAUAUAAGAUAUACUGUAACUGUAGCUGCCAUUGCAGGCGUUGAAACUCAAGUGACUCUUGAGCCUAGAAAUGUGAUGUUCAUUUUGACUUGAAGAAUUUCCCGUAAGAUAUCCUAACUUAUUAAAAAUAAUGUUUCUCUGUCAUGUUAUUCUGAAACUGCAUUUUUUAUUCUUAUUAUUGUUUGCAAUAAUAUUAAAAUAUAUUUAAAAAUAUUUUGUAAAUAUUUAUUCAUGUAAUUAAAAUAUUCCAUCUGCGCACAUGGUGGCUUUUUGGGCUGUGAAGAACAAAUGUAUGUAAUAAGAUCCAUUGUGCAUUGUUGCAUUACAUUACUCUGUUCAAAUAAAGUAUUUAACUGCU